GCUGCGUGUCCAUGCCAUGUCCGUCACUCUGCACACAAACCUCGGCGAGCUCAAGUGUGAACUAUUCUGCGAUGCGGUGCCCAAAACUGUGGAGAAUUUCCUUGCCCUCUGCGCCUCCGGGUAUUACGAUAGUUGUAUCUGGCACCGCAACAUCAAGGGUUUCAUGAUUCAAACCGGCGACCCGGCGGGUUCAGGCAAAGGAGGGCAGAGCAUCUGGGGAAAACCCUUCUCGGAUGAAAUCCGGUCCACCUUGAAGUUCAACAACCGUGGCAUCCUCGCCAUGGCCAAUUCCGGGCCUGAUACCAACAAAUCGCAGUUCUUCGUAACAUAUGCAAAACAGCCUCAUCUCGAUGGCAAGUAUACAAUAUUCGGCAAGGUCAUUGACGGCUCCGACUCAACAUUGGAUGCGAUGGAGCGGGCGCCGGUUAACGCAAAGAACAGGCCGCUGAACGAAAUCACGUUGACUCACGUAACCAUACAUGCAAACCCUAUCGCAGACGCGGAGCUCGCUGGGCGGUAAACCCAGCGGGCACCAUCACCGAGAAGAGUGCAUCAAGCCACUAUUCCACUGUCUUGUUGGUGACCAGCCCUGUCGAUCUUGUACCACGACAGUACCAGUCAAGCAAGAACCCCUGGUGGAGUGUCCCUGUGGAGGAAGUUGGCUUCUCGGACAGUGCUAUUUAUCCCCACGCG